CCGGCGCUCGGCGCUCCCCCCGGGCUCUUUGUUGGAGGUGGCGGCAGGAGCCGCGCGCUAUGUCCUCCCCCAAGAACGGCUUCUACCGGCAGGAGAUCACCAAAACUCUCUGGGAAGUGCGGGACCGCUACCGGGACCUGCAGCUCGUGGGCUCCGGCGCCUACGGAACCGUCUGCUCCGCUGUGGAUGGAAGAAGCGGCACCAAAGUGGCCAUUAAGAAGCUGUACCGCCCCUUUCAGUCCCAGAUCCUUGCCAAGAGAGCCUACCGAGAGCUGCGCCUCCUGAAGCACAUGAAGCACGAAAACGUGAUUGGAAUACUGGAUGUGUUCACACCAGAUGUCACAGUGGAGAAAUUUACUGGCUUCUACCUAGUCAUGCCAUUUAUGGGAACAGACUUGAGUAAGAUAAUGAAGCAUGAGAAACUCACUGAAGACCGAAUCCAGUUCUUGGUAUAUCAGAUAUUAAAAGGCUUAAAGUAUAUUCACUCAUCCGGUAUAAUUCACAGGGACCUAAAGCCUGGAAACCUGGCAGUAAAUGAAGACUGUGAAUUGAAGAUCCUGGAUUUUGGAAUGGCCAGGCAUACGGACAGUGAGAUGACAGGUUACGUGGUUACAAGGUGGUACAGAGCCCCAGAGGUCAUCCUUAAUUGGAUGCAUUACACACAAACAGUUGACAUCUGGUCUGUGGGCUGUAUAAUGGCUGAAAUGAUAAUGGGGAGGCCUCUGUUCAGGGGAAACGACCAUCUGGAUCAACUCAAAGAAAUAAUGAAAAUAACGGGUACACCAAGUCAAGAUUUUGUGCAAAAACUGAAGAGUCAGGAAGCAAAAAACUAUAUCAAAAGCCUUCCAAAAGUCCAGAAAAAGGAUUUUGCAUCCGUCUUGAAGCACGCGAGCCCUUUGGCUGUAAAUCUUUUGGAGAACAUGCUGGUGCUGGAUGCGGAGGAGAGAGUCACGGCAGCUGAGGCUUUGAUGCAUCCUUACUUUGAACCAAUUCACGAUCCUGAGGAAGAAAUUGAGGCUGAGAAAUAUGAUGAGACAUUUGAUAACAUGGAUCUAACCCUGGAUGAGUGGAAGCGUGUUACGUAUAAAGAGAUACUGAACUUCAAGCCACCACAAACAUCAGAGUCAAAGGAGACAGCAGUGUAAUUGUAUGGCUUGGUCUUUUCAGAAGUCAGAAGAAAGCAGGAAAGCUGUAAAUGUUUGUAAUAUUUCAGGUGUAUAAAUUUUUUAUAAAUAAAGUGGAUGUAAUGUAUUUCAUCUUUCACUGUAAGAAGGAGCAGUGUCUUUUACUAUGCAUGUGGAAAUGUGGUGCCUCUGGAAGCAGCACCUCAGAAUUGUCCAGAAGCAUAUUUCUGCUCAUAGCUUCUCCCCUCUGCACAAAAGAAUUCGGUCUCUGACAACCCUUGAAAGAGCAGGUGGGACCAAUUCUUCAGAUCAGAAAUCAAAUGAGAGUACAAGCUACUACUGCAAACAAGCUGAGACACAGAGUACAUCAGUGAUGUACAGGGUCUCCUCUCUGCUCUCCAGGGCUGUUGAACCAUCUUGAAUUCAAGAGGUAUUAAUAGGACUUCCUCUGGAAUAUUUCACCUUGAUGAGAUGUCUGGGGAGGCUGAUCAGCUUCUGUGACCUCAACUAGUGAGGAGAGAUACAGCCUGAAUGGAUGCAUUUCUCCUUUGUGAGGGCAGAAGAACCUGAGCUCCAUCCAGGUCUGAAAAAUGUAUGCAAGAGAGAAGAAGUAGGCAAGUGUCAGCAUCCUAGAGAUUUUUACAGUAACCAGUGUAGUAGGACAAGACUUCCCAAGUGCACUAGGUGAACAACCACUAGGUGAACAAUCACUUUCUAGAGUCACAAUGUUUUUAUCUCAAUGCAGUGGAGUCUCUUUGUAUGACAGAGUUGGGAUUUACAGGGAGAAACUUUUUAAGACUGUUUGAAAUUGUACAAGCUUUCUAGCAUCUUAUGUCUGAAAUAAUCAUUGAAAAUAUACAUAUUCUCAGAGGACACACUGAUUAGAAAACCAGCAGUGCUGAUCUUAGAAAUACAGCUGCACGCAAGUGACGUUACAGAAAAUUAAGUGAGGAUAAACACCCAACACUACAGCUAUCCAUGCUGCUUGCAGCAGGCUCUUGUACAGAGGUGUCACCAGGUGCAAAAUCACAACCAUUCUAUUUUGGGGCCUUUUGGAGUCAUCUUACUUUGGGGGGAACCUCCAACCUUCCACUGGGAGGUACCUUACCAGAAGGAGUCAGAUUCCUGAUGAGCUACAUUGGGAUGUGAGAUGCUUUAUGAGAUCUUCUUUAUGUCUUUAUGUGUUUUCCUUGGUGCUUAGUUCAUAAUCAUAGAAUCAUAUAGUGAAUCAUAGAAUGGCCUGGGUUGAAAAGGACCUCAAAGAUCAUCUAGUUUCAACCCCCUUAUCAUGGGGCCAACACUUACUUACUUAGGGUCGUGCCUCGUGCCCAUGACCUCUUAAAGGUCAUGGGAGAAAAGUGCCUAUUGGAGAUAGUGGCUUUUGGUAGCCUUGCUCAUUGCAAAUGUCAAGUGGCUGAGGUGCCUCUUUUAGUACUGUAGAAGCCACAGGCUUCUGGAGACAUAAGGUGAUGAUGUUUGGUUUUUCUGUGUUCGGGAAUUACAGAACUCUUACAGUAACUAAAGAGCAGACCUCGAUGUGUGUGCCAGGAGAGACAGGAGAACUGCUGCACUGUCUGUCAGUAAACACUGUGUAAGGUAAAUAACAAACAUGAAAAGUUUGUUGCAUCUUGGCAUGAUGUUUCUGUGAAGAGAUUGGAAUCUGAAGAAACUGCACAAAAAGCAACAGGAAUUUUUAGUAUAAAUAGCUCAUUAAGAGAAAUGUGAGGUGAAAGCAGAAAUAUUUUGCAUGAGAGGCAGCUGCUCUUUCAAAGGGAGCGACAUCUCCCAGGCUUUUAUUUGCUAUUUCUACUGGUGCUUAGCAACUCAGGAAUAAGAACCCAAUUUCUGUUUGCCUUAAGGACAAAUGUAAAUAUGUUCUGCAUGUACUCGAAAUGUAUUGUGAAAAAUAAAAGUUGGAUUUCUGUUUUUUUUACACAGUAA